GACUUAAAAACAAUGAGUUGUUUAAGAAAGUUUUAUCUCUGCUGGAAAACCUUUCAUGUGGCCAGCGUCAACAUGAUGAAUGUCGAAAUGUGAUUGGGCAUGAUAGGACAUGUUCCCAUUUAUUAGAGUGUUACAGGGUCAAUAAUCAGUUACACCUUGCUUGGUUUAUAGAUAUUGCUCCCAUGGAUAAUUCCCAUUAUUACACCCAAGUUGUGAAGGUCUGGGAUAUUUUGCCGUUGUCCGCUGUACAAAAACUAGCAGAUCAGCUUGAUGUUAUGUUUGGGAACUAUACUGUGGAUAAGAUGAAUCGCUGCAAGCACAAAUUCACUGAAGGGAAUUUGGUUGUUCCAAUGAAAUGGCCCAUGGAUUCAAGUUCUCAGAGUUUGACAAAUUCACUGGCUUCACUCAGUUUGAGGGAGGGAUAUAAAGCAUACCCUACAAAUUACAAGAACCAUUCUAAGCCCCAAACAGGGAAGUCUGGUAGAAGAAGAAAUUGGGCUUUCAAAUGAAGUUUGUAACAAUCAGUUGGCGCAAUCAAAUAUUGCCUACAAUGUUGACAAAAUACUAGCUACUAUGUUUGGUUCCACUAUGCAUUUGGAAUUGCUAGGUUGAACUUUUUUGCUUUUAAUUACAUUGUUCAUCAUUGUUCUGAGAUGCAAUGAGACUUUUUUAAGGCAUGGUUAUGGUUAAUAUCCUAAAAACUGACUACACAAAAGCAUUGAAAGUUUGAUUGCAUAGAACAUUUUAAAUUCAUUGAAAUUGUGCUCUUUGUGAGCGAGAACACAAAUCUAACAAA